CAGAGUAGAGAGUUUCUCGUGCUUAUUUUCCAGUGACGGUGUCUACAAAUGGAAGCAUCAAAAAUGUAUUUUGGUCCUAAAACUCUCCCCAACGUUCACAAUGGCCCUCUCUGUCAUAACACCAACCUCUCUUUCAUUCCUCGCCGUUUGCUUCAAAACAACACUCUUUCCACAAAGAAACCCACCAAACAUUUGUUAUGUGUAAAGGCUGAUAGUAGUGGCGAUCUUGAGAGUACUCGUCCAUUGACGUACUUUCCUCCAUCUACUUGGGGAGAUCACUUCCUCUCGGUUCCCGUCGAUGACUCUGAAUUUGAGGCACUUGAACAAGAAAUUGAAUCUGUGAUGAGGCCUAUUGUAAGAGACAUCCUCAUGUGUCCUCACUGUAGCGACAAGGAGCAGAUUCGUAUAAUUCAUUUGCUUAUCAGCCUCGGUAUCGCUCAUUAUUUUGAAAGCGAAAUAGAAGAGAUUCUACACCAAGCUUUCCAAAAGCUGGACGACUUAGUUUCAGAAGAAGAUGAUCUGGAAAUAAAUGCAAUCAUGUUUGAAGUUUUCAGACUAUACGGACACAAGAUGCCUUCCCAUGUUUUUAAGAAAUUCAAAGGUGAAGAUGGGAAAUUUAAGAAAAGUAUGGCACACGAUGUUAGAGGAAUGCUACAAUUGUAUGAAGCAUCACAUCUCGCACUACCGUCUGAAGAUAUAAUGGAUGAUGCGUUGACUUUCACGCGGCAUCACUUGGGGUCUUUGACUGGCCAAGAAACUAACCCGAAUCUCUUUAAGCAGAUACAACGUGCAUUGUAUAGAGCUCGAUAUCGUAGCGUAGAGAUAGUGGUCGUGCGACAAUACAUCUCUUUCUACGACCAGGAGGAAGGCCACGACAAGACGCUCCUCAAGUUUGCAAAGCUCAACUUCAACUUUUGCCAAAUGCACUACAUCAAAGAGCUUAAAAUUAUCACCAAAUGGUGGAACGAGCUAGGUAUGGCGCCUAAGCUAGCUUACUUAAGGCACCGAAAUGUUGAGUUCUUUUUUGCAGUCCUAGGAAUGUUUUUCGAGCCACGGUAUUCACUUGCAAGAAUUCAUGCCACUAAACUUUCAAUGGUAGUGACUGCUUUGAAUGAUACAUGUGAUGCAUAUGCCACUCUACCUGAAGUUAUUAGUCUUCAUGAUGCUUUCCAGAGGUGGGAUCUUGGUGCCAUGGAAGAACUACCAAGCUAUAUGAGAAUCGUUUACCGAAGUGUCUUAAAAACUGUUGACGAUAUUGAUCUAGAAAUGAAAGCUCGAGGAAAGUUUGGUAGUUUGCAACCAACUAUAGAUAAGACUAAGAGUCUGAUGAAAUUGUAUCUGGCGUUAGAAAAAUGGGCACGUGCAGGUCAUGUGCCAAGCUUUGAGGACUACAUGGAGAUUGGGAUGUGGACACCUGGACUGGAUCACAUGGCAGCCUACGGAUAUAUAUCAAUGGAGGAUUGUGAUCAGAAGCAAUUGAAUGAGUGGUUCAACUCCAAACCCAAAAUAUUUGAAGCUGUAAAUACUGCAUUUCGUCUUAGAAAUGACAUCGUCACUUUUGAGCAAGAAGUAAGCAGAGGAGAGGUGGCGAAUGGCCUCAACUGUUACAUGAAGCAACAUGGUGUUACCAAAGAAGCAGCAGCUGAAGUAAUGAGGGAGAUGGAACGAGAAAAUUAUAAGAUAAUGAUGGGUGAAUUUGUUUCUUCAAAAGCUGUAGCACGACAGAUUCUGAUGCGACCCUUCAACAUUGCACGUACGAUUGAUUCGUUUUACAAGGAAGGUGAUGGAUUUGGUCAUCCUGAUCAAAACCUAAAAGACCUUAUUGCGUCAUUGUUCCUCCAUCCAAUUCCUCUUUAAAAUUAAAACUUUGAAAGUUAAGAGUGAAUUUGGGAGAUUAUUAUAAAAUAAUGAGUAGACUAAAAUGUCAUUCUAUGAUCUUUAAACAUUUAUUUUACUUA